AUGCCACAACACUCCAUCCUCUACCAAAAUGCAGAAAAAACGAUCUUCUUGAUUGACAUCCCGACGUCGAUCGCAUCCGCACAGGAACUUACACCGGUGCAGUUGGGAGCCACGCUGUGCAAUCUCUACCCUACCGGGAAUGGGAUAGAUAAUCACAGAAAACGUCUUCUCUUAUCUUCAAAACCCCUAGAGAAGCCGUACGCAGUAUCCACAGAGCCCAAAUCAGAUGUUGCGAGGGCUAGAGUUCUCAGUAGAAUUCCCGUCUCUGAACGGACCUACCAGACCGAGAUCAUUGAGCCUCUAGUUCGGAGGGCAUUGCAGGAGAUUAGCCGCGCCCACUCGCACUCUGCAGACUGGUGUCGCGCGAGAAAGAUCCGAGGGGAAGAGACGCGGCUGAAGAGGAAACAAGAUGGAGCAUGGAGCAGAACAUCCUCGUGUGAGGAUGGGUGCUCAGAGGAGGAUGCGCUGGGUGUACCUGCUCCUACCGGCCCGCCGGUUAUCCUGUCGCCUGGGAUAAAUAUGUUCGGAUCCAGGCCGGAACUUUGCAACGUUAUGGUUAGGAAUACGUCUUCGGCGCAAGCCUUGCUAGAUGUCCGCUGCAAGGCGGAGCCCGAGCCCGAGCACCGUGAGCAAACGACCACGCAUCGGCAUGUCUUCUUCGUGCCGCCAUUGUCUACUUUCUUACUGUGCUCGCUGCCGCUAUCGGCUGAGGACGAGGCGAGCGAAGGCCCUAUCCCGGGUUUAUCUCCGGACCGCAAAUUCAACUUGAUCCUCCUCGAUCCGCCGUGGUCGAACCGCUCCGUUCGUCGCAGCGGGCAUUACCAGACACAGUCCUAUUCUGACGUGGGCUUACUGUCUAAGCGCAUAGGGGAUAUUCUGAAGGUCCACCUACCGGACAAUCCGGAGUGUGUAUCCAUCGCUGCAAUCUGGAUAACCAACGGGUCAAAGGCACGCAGGGCUGCAUACGACGCCAUUAAGGGAGCAGGGUUGUCCGUGCACGAGGAAUGGGUGUGGAUCAAGACGACAACAAAGGGCGAGCCCAUCACGCCGCUGGAGGGGCUAUGGCGGAAGCCGUAUGAGAUCCUUGUUAUUGGAAGGAGAGUGGAUCGGCCGUCUGAUGCGAUUGAACCUAUUACGCGGAGGGUCAUCGCGGGCAUGCCGGAUGUGCAUUCUCGAAAGCCAAAUCUCAAGGAGGUUUUUGAGCAGGUAUUCUUCUCGAGGUCAGGGUCUAACCGGAAGACGGGCGAUACUUGUACGGCAUAUUCUGCGUUGGAAGUAUUUGCGCGUAAUUUGACUGCUGGUUGGUGGGCCUGUGGGAAUGAAGCUUUAAAGUUCAAUUCAAAAGACUGGUGGGUUGAAGCCUAA